AAAUGGAGUCCCUUCUCGCAAGGGCGCUCGAGUCCAAGCUCAAGUACUGGCUGCGCUCCUUCACUCGGGAUCAAUUCAAGCUCCAGGGCCGAUCCGUCCAGCUCCACAAUCUAGAUGUCGAUGGCGCCGUUCUGCAUUCCACUCUGGGAUUGCCGCCGUCGCUCUUUGUCGCUCAAGCGAGAGUCGGCAAAUUGGAGCUCACUAUCCCUUACAUCUCUAACGUCAAGAUCGAACCGAUUGUUGUGGACAUUGACAAACUGGAUCUAGUUCUUGCUGAAAAGUCGGAUGCCGAGGCUUGUGAUCCUGUUGCCGGAAUCCAAACUAACAGUUCUGCAAAGAGUACCAGUUAUGGAUUCGCUGAUCAGAUUGCCGAUGGAAUGACGAUCCAAGUUGGCACAGUGAACCUUAUGAUAGAAACACGAGGUGGUUCUCGUGGAGGAGCUGCAUGGACACCACCGCUAGCAGCUAUUACAAUGAGAGGUCUUAGUUUAUACACGACCAAUGAGCAUUGGGAGGUUGUUAAUCUCAGGGAAGCUAGGAACUUCUCCUCUGACAAGAAAAGUAUCUUCGUUUUCAAGAAGCUAGAAUGGCGAUCCUUCUCCGUGGACCUUCUUCCCCAUCCUGACAUGUUUGCUGAUGAGCGGCUUUCCAGCGGAAGUAAAGAUGCCGAUGGAGCUAAAAGAUUGUUUUUCGGGGGAGAGCGUUUCCUUGACAACAUUUCUGGCACGGCGUAUAUCACAAUGCACCGGACAGAGCAAAACAAUCCUCUGGGACUGGAGGUUCAACUCUUAAUACCGGAAGCUGUCUGUCCAGCGUUAAGUGAACCAGGAUUGAGAGCGCUGCUAAGGUUUAUGACCGGGUUCUAUGUCUGCUUGAAUCGUGGAGACGUACAUCCGACAAAUGCUAUGGUGGAUGAGUCACCUUCUUGUACUCUUGUUGGAGUAAGUGUCGAACAUAUUUUUCUUGGGAUCAAAGACGCAGACUUCAGGCUGGAAUUAUUAGCCCAAUCGCUUCGCUACAAACGGGCAAGUAUCCCUGAGAAUGGUUCAGUAAAAACUCUUGGAAAUGUCUCCUUGGGAGGUUUGUUCUUAAGGGAUAUGUUUUUACAACCUCCCUGCAUUCUGGUUCAGCCUAGCAUGAGUCCGCAAGCUCCAUUUGAAGUACCGACAUUUGCCAGCGAAAUCUUGUGGCCAAAGAUUUAUCCUCUCGACUUUCACGUUUCGAAGAACAGCAGUACAUCUAUUGCAAGCCUGUAUUCUUCUCAGCUAGCGCCGUCUCCUUUACCGCCAGCAAUGGCCUCACAAACCGUAAUUCAGUGUCAACCUCUAAAGAUAUUUCUUCAAGAAAAGUCUUGUUUACAGAUUUCUUCCUUUCUGGCGGACGGUAUUUUGGUAGAGCCUGGGGUAGUGCGUCCAAACACGUCGCUGAACAGUAUGCACUUUUCUCUCAGGGAGUUUGACCUGAGCGUUCCGAUGGAUCCUGAAAAAAACGACGACCAGCGACGACACGAGGGAUUUACUGGGGCUAGAUUGCAUGUAGAGGGGUUGCUGUUCGUGGAGAGUCCAACAUUAUCCUAUGGCUUGCUGAAACUCGACGAAGAUCCAGCGUGCUUUGCUUUUUGGAAAGGCCAACUUCCGGAUUCAAGCCAGAAAAGAUGGGCCAUACGAGCAAAUCAAGUGAGCGUGGCUCUUGAAACCGGUAGAAGUGGGGACUUUCGCCUUUGGCAGUGCAUAGAGUUGAAGGAGCCUUGCUUGGAGGUUGCAAUGGUUACACCCGACGGCCUGCCGCUGCUCAAGGUUCCACCUCCAGGGGGCAUCGUGAGACUGGGAAUCUCAUGGAAUCACUUCAUCUCCAACAGUUCUGUGGAGCAGCUGCUGUUCGUGCUAGAGAUGUAUUCUUACUUGGGAAAGGUUGGCCAGGCACUCAUGAAAACCGAUGGAGGAGUCCAGGAUCUUAGCAAGUCCAAAUCGUUUGGAGGACUCAUUGAAGCGGCUCCAUCCGACAGUGCGGUUACUCUCGGCCUCGAUUAUUUGGAGAUCAAGUUUCUGGAGUCGGGUUCUUCCGAGCAGUCCGUAGAAGGCUUUCCACUCGUCAAGUUUAUCGGAAGUGGGAUACGUUUCAAGGUCACACACAGAACUCUCGGCGGAGCCAUCGCAGUUUCUUCAACUUUGUGCUGGCAGAGUGUUCGCGUGGAGUGCGUCGACACGGAAUCCGAGCAGUGUGGAGAGUCGCUCUCCACAAAGCUACUGGAGCAGAAGAACAUGAGAGCGAUCUUGUGGGUGAACGAAAACUUUCCUUCUGCAGAGAAAGCUUCACAGGAGAACAGGCCGUUUCUUGAGGUCAACGUGGUCCAUAUGAUGCCUUACAGGGCCGAGGACGCUGACUGCCAUAGCUUGAAAGCCAUUGCAAAGAUAUCCGGAGUGAGACUGGGAGGUGGGAUGAUUUACACGGAGUCACUGCUACAUAGGUUUGGUGUUUUUGGACCUGAUGGAGGACCAGGAGAGGAUCUCAAGGAGGUGUUGAAAAGAGUCUCCGGCGGUCCUUUGGCUCAUCUCUUUCAAGGCUCUCAUACAGGAAAAAUCUCUGCUAGCUCGAACGAUGAUCAUUCAUGGGAGCUUAAACGACCAGACAACGUAGAGAUUGAUAUCCAGCUUAUAGACUGGCUAUUCGCUUUGCAAGGCGUGGAAAAUAUAGCGGACGAAGACGCAUAUUGGCAUUCUACGUUUAAGUGUUUGCGCGCUAAGGCCGAUCACAGCACUAGCACCGAGGAGCGACCGCCACAAAGAAUAACGGUAAUGCUCGAGGGGCUUCAAGCGUUAAAGCCAAGAAGGGCUGUUAGUUUCCAGCCGCUGGACAAUGGCGGAUUAUCUUCAGUGGAUAUAAGUCGGAGAAGUGGUAACGAUGGGCUUGCUUUGGAAGUCCGUUUGGUAGCGAGAGAGGGUGGCGAUGGAGACGCUGAGAUUGGAAUCGGCGAGUGGAUAGUUGACAGUGUCCGAGCAGCCGUGAGAGAACCGAUGGAAAUGGACGCAACGAAAGACGAGCUCGAGUUUCUCGUAGAAAUUGCUAAAGCCGAGGCCGAAGCAGCGAGUAGAAUCACGGUGGGAUUGCUGAGACUUUUGCAGCUACAGGGAUCUCUCGGCCAAGCCGCCAUCGUCCAACUAAGUAGCCUAGGAAGUGGAAGUCUCGACAAGCUGAAAUACAUGAGUCCUGAAAGAUCACGGCGAGCCAGCAGCAUAAGCAACGUCAGUUGCAACUCUUCCACUCCCUACAGCUCUCUCAGACCUCGAGAAGAAACUCGAGAAGAGAAUAUCAACACCACUGUCCUGGCCGACCAGCUCGAAGAUUUGGUGUGCAAGUCCCAGAACCUUUGCAGGAGAAUCGAGAUGGACGUCAGGACUACGGCAGCUGAGGACGGCAUGGAUCCCUCGUCAAGUACUCUAAACAGCGUCGCAUCGCUCAAGAAGCAGCUGAAUCAAAUGCAAGGUUUGAUAAGCAGCUUGCGACUAUGAGAGUUUUGGUAAGUUUUCGAUACGUACGUUUUUGCCGCA